GGGCUUUUCCGUCGGUAAAUCGCUUCUACGUGUCCCCGGCGCAGAAGGAGAAGUGAGUGAUUGCACGUCCGGUGGUUAGUGCGUUAAACCCGGGUUUGAUCAGCUUCAUCUCCGCUGUGUGAAGGACUGCAGGUUCCUGGGAACAUGGGGGAAACGCGGUUACCAACACACAUGUUUCUGUGGAGUCUUUCUGCCGUCUACAUGUUCGCCUUCGCCUCAGUUUAUGUGCAGAUUCCCGGACUGUACGGUAACGAGGGCAUUCUCCCGGCGAGGUGGACGCUGCGGGUGGUGGGGAAGAGCUUGUGGGAGCGGCUGAGGGACACGCCCACUCUGCUGUGGUUCGGUCCGCAGCUCGGGCUCGACACGCAGCACUGCAUGGAGCUGCUGAGCCUGAGCGGAACGGUUCUCAGCCUUGUGGCCAUGACGGUUCCUGCCCUCAGAGACUGCAGGCUUUACCUCAUGCUGUGGGUUCUCUACCUGUCUCUGUACCAGGUCGGCCAGGUCUUCUUAUACUUCCAGUGGGAUACCCUGUUGUUAGAGGUGGGCUUCCUGGCCGUCCUCAUCGCCCCCAUGAAAAUGCCGUGGGUGUGCAGGUUGGGUUUCCACGACGGCGUGACCUUCUGGCUGCUCCGCUGGCUGCUCUUCCGCCUGAUGUUCGCUUCCGGGGUCGUCAAACUGACCAGCCGCUGCCCCACCUGGUGGGGUCUCACAGCGAUGACGUAUCACUACGAGACGCAGUGUAUCCCGACGCCUCUGGCCUGGUUUGCCCACCAGUUGCCCGUGUGGUUUCAGAAACUCAGCACCGUCGGCACCUUCGCGAUCGAGAUCGCGGUGCCGUUCCUCUUCUUCAGCCCCAUCCGCCGUCACCGACUGUUUGCUUUCUACUUGCAGAUCUUACUGCAGGUGCUGAUCAUCCUGUCUGGGAAUUAUAACUUCUUUAACCUGCUGACCAUCAUGCUGUGUUUCUCUCUGCUGGACGACGAACACGUCGACUUCUGGCUCUGCAGACGCACGCAAGCGAAGGAGAAGAGUUCCCUGCAGGCCGCGUUGGCGUGGGUGUGUGUUGUGGUCGAAGUGUGUGUUUACGCACUGCUCGGCUACUGGACCGUCCUCUACUUCGACCUGCAGGUGGACUGGGACAAGAAAAGAGUCUUCUCUAAAACAGCCUUCACGCACUAUGAGUUUCACAGCUUCCUGAAGGCCGCGAUGGUGCCCAGUAUUUGGAUCGGGGUUCUGUCUCUCACCUGGGAGAUCAUCACUGCCAUGUUCAGGAGUGCAUGUGUGAGAGGUGUGUUUUGGCGUCUCUGGACUACGAUGCAGUGGGGCAUCUUCUCUGCAGCAGCAGCCUCCAUGUUCGCCAUCAGCCUGGUUCCAUACACCUACCUCGAGUCCCAGGCUCACUCUAACCUCUGGCCAGGUGUGCGCAAGGCGUUUGAGUCGACUAAUCGCUUUCCGCUGGUGAACUCGUACGGUCUGUUCCGGAGGAUGACGGGGGUCGGAGGUCGUCCCGAGGUCAUCAUAGAGGGCAGCGUGGACGGCAGCACGUGGACGGAGAUCGAGUUCAUGUAUAAACCAGGGAACGUGAGCAGAGCGCCCCCAGUGGUGACUCCUCAUCAGCCCCGACUCGACUGGCAGAUGUGGUUCGCGGCUCUCGGACCUAGCACGCAGAGCCCGUGGUUCAGCAGCCUCGUACGCAGACUCCUGCAGGGGAAGAGGGACGUAAUAAAGCUGAUCCAGAGAGACGAGACUCAGUACCCGUUCAUUGCCCAGCCUCCAGUCUACAUCCGUGCUCAUCGCUACAAGUACUGGUUUACCGAGCCUAAAGAGGAUGGGUCAUUACCUCCGAGGUGGUGGAGGAGGAUCUACGUGGAGGAGUUUUAUCCGCCGGUGCGUCUCGGCGAUGCGGUCCUGGAGGAUACGCUGACUCAGCACGGCCUCAAUAUAAAGGAUAAAUCCCCCACACGGCGUGCUUCUGGUGGGUGGCUCGUACAGACGCUGCAGUCUGUAGGUGAACACGUGAGGGACGUUCCUGCUCACGUCCUGUUGUGGACCCUCUUCAGUUCAGCAGCUACCGUGUGUCUGAUCAACUGUCUGAUCUCACACACUCGUCCCCCGACACACACACACUCCCGGGAGGAGGAGGAGGAGGAAGUGAAGGAUGUGAAGGAUGUGGAGGAGGAACAGGAAGAGGAAAUGGAGGAGGAGGAGGAGGAGGAUGAGAAAGAGGAGUUUGUAAAGAGAAGUGAUGAGAGCGAGGGAGUCGAUGAUGGCGAGACGGAGGAGAGUGUUCGGGAGAGGAAAUGAAACCCCUCUUCCCCUGCACUUUUGUUAUUUUCUAAAAGAAUUCUAAAUUAAAUUUAUUCCUAUUAUUAAACUCCUCCCCCGAGUCCCACCACCACACCACUCCGGGCCAUACGCAGAAACAUCCCCAUCCCUACACGCUUUUGCAAAAUGCACUGUGACUUUAAAUUUACUCUACAAACAAGAAAUUGUAGGUAAAGAGUUCGGAGUGAAACACUGGACCGAGGUGUCGGAGCUGCACGCAAACACUCGCCAUCUCGUGACAUCAGGGUCGUAUUCCCAGCACUUAAACUCUAACACUCAAACUUUAGUGCUUGUUUUCUGUCCCAUAUUUAAUCUCACACACACACACACACACACACACACACACACACACACACACACACACACACUCUCUUUUAAUCCUGUGACUCGUCUGUAAGCUCGUAUUAGAAAUAAACGAUGAAAGGUUCAUUAAUCUGCAGUUUUCUCCAGGAUCCUGAUUUGGUGGUCAGAUUCAUCACCUGCAUGACAAUCUGCUCUCAUCUCCUCACUUCCUCCGCCUCGUUCAUGCGCCGGCUCGUUUAUUCUACUCCGUUCAUCACUUUCAUCCCAUUGUGCCUUUCUUUCUUUCUUUCUUUCUUUCCUCUUUCACUUCAUUUCUUCAUGCUGUUUUUCCCCUCCGAGUUCGCUCGGACGUUUUUGUAACGUGAAGAAAAACACUUCGUUGUACAUUUUAUAAUAAAACCGUUCACGCCA